GGCCAGAUGAAUGAACAAACAGAGACAAACAGUGAGGACACAUUUCCCAGGGGGCAGAUUUCUUUUUCUUUUAYGAUGGAAGUGUUCUUCUGAAUGGCCAAGGGGCUUAUGCGUUUGUGUCUUUCCAUCUCUGGUUCCUUUGUGGCAACAGUAGGAAGGAAAGCUCAGGUUGCUGGGUCGGUUCUGCAGACGGAACUUUGUGCGAUCGAGGCUGCUGUUUCUUCUGCGUUGGACAGGCAUCUUAAAAAAAUUUUAGUCUCUUCUGAUAAUCUCUUAGUUGUUAACCUUUUAAGUUCUAGGAUUGUGGAUGUUGGCCCAGAUGUAGCGUGUGGUGGAAUCUUCGAGCUUCUGAAUUCGGUUUCUCCAAAUUCCUGAAAUGGGUUGCUCCAAAAUUCCAAUUGAGUUCCCCCCAAAAUCCAGUUUUUGAAUGGGGUUCACCCGAAAAGCCAAUUUCUGAAUCCGAMCUCUCUACAGACGCCGAACCAGAAGAGGUCUUCGCUGAAACUUUUGUUUCUAAGAAAGUGCUCUCGGUCAGAAUUGGAUUUUGGCGGAGCCUGGCCGGAGCUGAGCAGAAAACCUUGAGCGGUUAGAGGAUUUCAGCAAGGGGGCGAAGAAGCGAUGCCUCAUUGCUUCUCGAAGAACCCAAACGCUUAAACCCCCCUUUUUUCAGGGUUUAAGGUUUACCGGAAAGUGUAAAGUACUGCGGGUGUAUCAUAAAACAUAAAUCAGAAAUUAUAUUGGAAUUUUUUUAACCGUCAGAUUGGAAUCUCAUGAUAUCUCAUAAACGGAAUAUUGGUUUUGAUCAAUCGGGACCAUGUCGUAAGCCUGUAUUGCCAACGCUGUAACCUUGAGGUGCGUACUGCGCUCCACCUUCCCGCUCUAAGCCCGAAUAAAUCAAGAUGACUCUUUCUUCUCUCGGGUCUAAAAUCUGAAUCAAUGGAAGAAAGCUUCUGCAAAUCCAGAGAUGGGCCGUACAGAGUUCUUGAAUUCUACAGUGGCAUUGGAGGCAUGAGAUAUUCGAUCAUGAAAGCUGGAGUUUCAGCUAUCAUGGUGGAAGCAUUCGACAUAAACGACAAAGCAAACGAUGUCUACGAAUACAAUUUCGGUCAUCGCCCAUAUCAGGGCAAUAUUCAAAGCAUGACUGCUGCUGAGCUGGACAAAUAUGAGGCAGAUGUGUGGCUGCUCUCUCCUCCAUGCCAACCAUACACACGGCAAGGUCUCCAGAAGGAUUCUGAUGAUGCCCGAGCAUCCUCCUUUCUUAAGAUUCUUGAACUUAUGCCACAGACAUCACAACUUCCCAUCAUGCUGUUUGUAGAGAAUGUGGUUGGGUUCGAGAAAUCUGAUACACACAAGCGCAUGAUUGAGAUGUUGGCAGAAACAGGUUUCAUUACACAGGAGUUUAUUUUGAGUCCAUUGCAGUUUGGUGUGCCAUAUUCUAGACCUCGAUAUUUUUGCCUGGCAAAAAGAAAGCCUUCGUCUUUUCAAAACCCACACUUCAAUAACCAACUUCUUUGGACUCCUGGCCCAAUACUAGGGCAUGAUCAUAAUAGUCAUAUUUGUAUGGAUGAACAUGAUCAAUCAGAUGAAAGACUGGAUAAGUUGCUCCAAUCUUGUGAACCAAUACAGAACUUCCUUGAACCCAAGAAUUCUAUAUUUCAGUCAGAGGGAUCAGAAGCAGAUGUCUUCAACAAUUCCAAUUUUGCUGCAAAGGUAGAUGGACAAAAUUGUUUAGGCACUAGCUCCUUAAACCAAUAUAUUGUGCCAUUGAGCUUAAUUGAGAGGUGGGGCAGUGCUAUGGAUAUUGUUUACCCUGAUUCCAGGCGUUGUUGUUGUUUUACAAAGAGCUACCAUAGAUAUGUGAAGGGUACUGGAUCCCUUUUGGCAACAGUCCAACCAGAAAAGAGGGGGAAAUUGUCUUCCUUGAAGGAGCAGUGCCUCAGAUACUUCACUCCUAGGGAGGUGGCCAACCUGCAUUCUUUCCCGGAUGACUUCCAAUUUCCACAGCACAUAAGCCUUAGACAACGAUAUGCUUUGUUGGGGAACAGCUUAAGUGUAGCAGUAGUUGCGCCCUUAUUUCGUUAUCUUUUUUCUGAUCCAUCAUAAUCAUGGAUGAAGGUAAUUAGAGGAAGAAGAUUACAGCAGUCUUGCCUUAGCUCUUUCAGGGCGAGAAAGAUCAUACUUGUGAACUCUAUAUUGCUGCUCUUUGGUGCUGUACCCCGAGGACUGAGGCUCGACUAUAAAACUCACUUGUCGAUCUGCAUGCAUGGACUUUUUUUAUCUACUAUAACUUACAACUUCUGCUCAUUUAUGCUGCUCACAUGAGAUUUAUAUAUUAUCAUCUACUAAACCGAUUUUCUUAUCAAGGUUCAAAGUAUCGGUACUCUUUUUUUA